AUGGAACCGGCACCGGAAUACCAGCACCCGGAGCUGAUGGCAACCCCUUGUGGGAAUCUCGCGAUCACCAAUGGGACAGGGAAAUAUAGCGCCAUCUACCCGCCAAAGGCUCUAUAUUUACGCAUCUUAGGCGAGCUAAAUAAAAAACUCAAGCCAAUCUACCCACAGGGUAAUGGCAGGUCCUUCAUUAUAAAAGGGAACGUCUACUACCUGUUUGGCACCACGGUCUGGCGAGAUUCAAAAGGCGAGAUUGCAGGCGAAGCUGCAAAUUCAGUCACACUAGCCACAGAUCCGAAAGUGAACCCUAUCGCGAACAUUGCUUUUCCAGCAAAUAAACGCAUGAAGCCUCUUGUUCCCCUCACUGAGAGCGAGGAGAAGCUCGAGAAAGAGCAUACUAGUAAGGUUAUUCUGGAAAUGCCUGGAGGCCUCUGGAAACCUCAGUCAGGUGCCGUUGGGGGGUAUAUCUGGUUCCAGAAAUACGUUCAAACUUGCUCUCCACAAGGCAACUUCAAACGUACACUUCAUGGCGUGGGUAUAGCAACUGUAGUGUGGAACAGGCAGACAGGCGAGAUGACGGCCGAGCGUAUCAUGAAUGAUACCAUGCUCUUCGAAGCGAACGAGCCAGCAUUUGGUGCGUUCUGCUCAAUCCUAGAUGAGCACUAUUUCUAUACUUGGGGGAAGCUAGGCGAGGAUACCUAUUUGGCCCGUGUUGAGAAGUGGGAACCAGAUAACCGAGACGCAUAUGAGUAUUGGAACGGCCAUGAGUUCACAAAGGAUAUGACCACUCUCGCGCCUGUGUUCAGUGGCUAUACAUCAGGAACAGUCAUGCGGACUAAGAUGUUUGGUCAUCUAUAUAACUGGGUAUUCAUUGGAGGGACAGAGACGAACAGACCUGUUGUCACUAUUGGUGUUGCUCGUAAUAUCCACGGUCCGUAUAUGAUGUCUGAACUGAUCCAACCUGAGCAAAUACACCCUGCUUUUCGACAUGUUCACUCCGUGUAUGCGCAUCAAUGGGCCUACCAGGAGAAAUAUGGCCAGCUCCUUAUAAGCUGGAAUGAAACCGAUAAUGAAAAUGUCAUGGGGGUAAAGGUCCAGCUUGCGAUGCGUCAUCAGUGCGCCUUCUGGAAAGACAUCUCUUUCAAGUAUAUGCCAUCUGUCGUAUCUGCUCUAAUUAUCGGACGUGCGGAUUUUAUAAAGACCUUCGCCCAGGCCAAGACUGCUAAUUGUGAUGUUGAGCAUGAUGAAGACGGCAAAACUAUCAUCAAGGUCUUUGCAAGCGAAGAGGGGGCCGCCGAUGCAGCAGUGGACGCGAUCUGCAAUUUGAUCUGCGGCUGGUGCGACGAGUUGCUGGAGGAGGGGAGGGUGGCUAGGAUGGAGGAGAGAGGGCUGUCGCUGAAGAAGAUACUCAGGCUGCGCUUCUAG